ACUAAAGACUUAACCAGAUGGCGUUCUAUGAAAGUUGUGUGUCUCUAUUCUUGCACCUCUGACUCUGUAUUUCUGUCUCGUUCCUUGGCUUCCCGGCAGUUACGUAACGCGUGCCGCCAGCCGCAUAGUGUUGCAAGCGCACGUAUAGCCGUUGAGAUGCAGUGAACUGCAGCUAGGAGCGCCUCUAUAGGAAUAGACACAUUCGGCCAUCGUUACCCCCAACUGUUACCGCCUAGCGUAAAUGCGUAUCGAUUAAUGAGACAGACAGUGCGAGGAAAACCGAACUGCAUCGAUAGCCUGGUCGUGCUUUAACCGUCAGGAAGCCAAAACCCCCAUUUUCGGGCGCACCCAUUUCUGAAACCGGAAGCACAUUCAGCGUCGAGCGUCAAGUUCACGUCGUCAUUGCAGUGUGUUCGGAGACGUCAUCAUUACUCACCCAGCAUAACGCAACAUUGAAUAAUAAGAAAGAAACAAACGGAUCACAUUUUACUCUUUCUUCACAUCGCUGUUAUACCUAACGUUUUUUCUCUUCGAUUGAGGUUCCUCUCCCUUUUGUCGUUGGUAGUUUAUUACGUGUUUCUUUUUCGUCUAUUGUGAAUGUUCAAAUUGGAUGGUGUAUGCGAACAUUACCCGCCAUAUGUGUAGCAACUAUUUGAUGUGUAGUGAAAAUAUAAAUAUACAACAACCCCCCUUGAACGGUAGGUUCAUCCCAUGAAUGAAUUAGAUGCCCGUAUAGCGACGGAGCGUAAUUAAAUCGUGUUGUGAAUCAUAUUGCGCCAAUGUGUGUGAUCCAUUCGUAUGCCUUCGCGAUAGGACAAAGUGUUGAGUACAAACUGAUCGGACAAUUUUGAAGCGAAGUCUAGCCGAACAGAGGAAUAUCAUUGACAACGUGUAGAUGAAUGCCAAGUGAAGUAUAAACAAGAAACAACAACAACAACUAUUGAAAGAGAUCGUUAAAUAAACAUUAAAAUACGGAAAAAAAGAAAAUUCCGAUCGAAGAAACCUUCGCCGUUCAACGUGUGACGACGCAACGACGGGAUCAGUUGUUAGAGCUGUUUGACGAAAAAUCUCACAGUACCACAGGAAGUGAAACAAAGACGGAUUGCUAGCACGCUGUGCAUGCUGGUAGUGGUAGUGUGUUAUAGAAGUAAAGAAGGAAAAAAAUAUAGCGACAGCAGAAGAGCUCAACGAACCGAACCAUGAAUCCAGGCCACUCGGGAACGUCAAGGCGGCCCUAUUCACGGGGUGCCGCCCCAAGGAACCGUUCUCGCAUGCCGUUCUCACCUCAUCACUCACAUCAUUCCAAUCGCAACCAUGGCGGCCACAGUCAGUCGUGGUACAACAAGGACAUGGAAAAUAGCUUCAACUACGGUGAUAAUAACGGGAGUAGUCCUAAAGAAUCCUUCACAUAUUCACCAAAAUCCCCACCAAUGCAAUUACAUUCCACUCCAAUCACCAAUCGUCCAAUCUUAAUGCCUUACGCUGCUACUGAUGAUGGUAGUGUUAAUAAUAGAUCUCAACAAAUUCUUAGAGCCGGACCAAGUCAUAAUGACCGUCGAAAUAACAUGAGUAUGCUGGACAGAAACCGGCAUACGAUGAGUGCUUCAACCGUUGAUCGACAUUCGGUACGUUUGUUUAUCAUCGCAAAGGGCAUUCGGAAUGAGGCUGAUGUUGAUGUUACCAAUUUUGUUUUACAGAAUCACUUUGAAGGACCGUCGAAUUCAUCCCGGGGGUCUGAUUUGCAUCUCGAUACCAGAUCGGUACUGUCUAUGGAUGCGAUGCGAAAUGGGCGUGAUAACAAUCGGGAGCGCAUUAGUCCCCCGUAUCACCAGGGAAGUAGUUCGCACUCAAACAACCAUCAAACACCAAGUCCGCCGUAUGGUUCGGACGGAAAUAAUGGCAUGAAAUCGGAUAGUCCAUCUCGCAAGAGACGUCGUGUGCAAAGGAUGCCUAGUCAGUCGCCGCCAGCAAUUUGGGAACAUCGAAGAUCACCUCGGAAUAAUAACAAUAUUCAUCAUAACAAUCACCAUAACCAUCCAUCGAUGCAACAACAACAACAACAACAGCAGCAGCAUCCAGCUCUGCAUCCCAAUCAGCACCAUCAGAAUUCUCACAGCCACCUGCAUCUGCCUCAACAUCAGCCUGGUCCAGCUCAAUUGCAGCAAGGUAGUCCACCGUUACGUAGACCAAGAUUCCGCGACCAACCACGGCCUUGGGAACCGAUGCCCCAGGUAUUCCAGCAACCAUCGCCACCUCAACCACAGCACCAGCAUCCUUCUCUGAUGGUCGACAUUAACCAAGUUCCUGUAAGCCUUCCACUGGGUCACCAUGAACAAGUGUGGACGUAUUCAGCUGGCCCACAUAUCUCGAUCUGCUCAGGUCACCCGGCUGCACCGCAUAUUCCGCCUUGCCAGGUUCACGGAGUUUAUUCGCAACCAUUUGCUCAAACAUGUAACAUCGGGGGACAUUUUGGUGCAUUCGCUUCUACUCCCGCAGCAUUGGCUGUUCCACAUCCACAUCCCCAUCCACAUCCUCACCCGCAUCCACAUCCGCAUCCUCAACCACACCAGCCCCAUUACCAACAUCCACAUUUGGCGCAACAGCGAGCUGACGGGUUCACACUGGAUGGUCUUGAUCACACCAGUGCUUCGCCGUUACAUGUCUCUCCGAUUGCCGCUGCCCAUAUCCAUUCCUCGCCGCAAAUGGCUCAAAUAUCUCCACCGCAACCAAUCUAUAUUUCUACCGAAGGCCGCACCAGCCAGUUCGAGCUGCUUCAUAGAACGGCUCGACGCGCGAUCACUGCACCUCGUCGGAACUUCACCCGGUUCCAUUGGCCAGCACCACCUCCGUCCCAUCCACAUGCCCAUCCAGCACACCGUCAUCCCAGUCUGCCACAUCAGACGUUGACUCCACAACCAACACAGGUUUCACUGUCCGCUACGCCGUCCGCCUAUUCUGGCAUUCUGCUGAACUUCCUAGCCAUGUUCCCGUUAUCAACGUACGGGCAACCCGAUCUAAAUUCGCCAGACUCGAACGAAACGGAAAACUACGAAGCCUUGCUCAGUUUGGCAGAACGUCUGGGUGAAGCGAAACCCCGGGGUUUGGCGCGACCGGAAAUUGAUCAGUUGCCAAGCUAUAAAUUCAAUGCCGACACUCAUACAGGGGAUCAAACAUCGUGUGUUGUGUGCAUGUGCGACUUCGAGGCACGACAAAUCCUUCGAGUUUUGCCUUGCUCGCACGAGUUCCAUUCCAAAUGCGUUGACAAAUGGCUUAGGUCCAAUCGUACCUGUCCUAUCUGCCGCGGCAAUGCCUCAGAAUACUUCGAGAGCAGCGAAGAACAGUGAACAAUGAGCUUAAAAAAUCUCGAAACAUUGCACACUUCGGAACUAUCUCAUUCGGAGAAUCAUGCUGACACAGUUGGUAUUAGACCGAAGCCAUUGCUUUAUAUCUGUGACAGUGCUGAAAAAAAAUCCUUUAUCAAAUAUUGAUGAAAAGUAAAAGAUUAUAUCACCACAUGCAACCAUUUCUAUCAUUAUAACGGGACGAGAAUGGUAGAGUUGCAUUGCAGGAACAUACAUAAUAUUACGUAUACGUUUUCUUCGUUUGGCAUAUACAAUUUGGCUAUCGCAAGUGAUUCGAAUGCAUUUCAGAAAUUUGCUAACUAAGAGAAUGCACCUAAUCAACAACAAACAUGUUUACAGUGUACUUGUGGAGCGCGUGUUGACACACGCUACGUUUACAAUAGUGUAUGUUCUAGUUUAAUGAGUAAGUUCGUUCUUCUACAAAAUAAGAACUGUUUUUUAAAACAAUUACAUAGACUUGAAAUUUUUGGAUAUACGUCAAAACGUUGUCCAGCAAAAUGCACCAGCCUCGAAGACAUUCUCAAGUAGCAAUAAAGCAAUUUUAUACCCAGUGAACCAUAUUUUUAGAGCAGACAAAAAACUAGUGUUAAGUGGUUCUUACAAAAAACACACACACACACAUCUAUUCAUCUUUCCUUCCUAACGAUAAUGAAUUCUAAAUUUUCUACUUUCAAAAUAUGCUAGUGCGUGACAGAGUAAAACAACAAAUACACAGCAUAACUUAUGGUGUGGAAAAUAAUACAACGCAUAUUGUUAGCUUUAUAUUUGUAAUCAUUCAAUGUAUAAACCGAAGAGAACAAACAACAAAUAUUGGUGUGAUUGAAGCGUUAGUAGAUAUUUCGAAAUAAUUAUUCAAAGUAGUGGAGCAGGAUAGAUUUUCGUGGUACUUAUCCUCAGAUUACGUAGGUGCCCAAGAAGAUGCAGGAUAAAAUUGGGAACAUUUCAGCCAUCUGUUGUCGAGAGAAUAUGGCUAAAAUGUGAUAAUUACAUCUUAGCUAUCCUACUUUAACAUUUUUCUAAUCUAUUCGAUGUGCUCAGUAGUAGCCAUAAGCACUUUUUAUCAAUUAUUACGAUGCAAAUUACUUCCUCCAAUCCAUCCUACGGUAGUUUUUCUAGACCGAACUGCAUCAUUUGAUCUGCAGUAGCUUUUUUAAUUACUGAUUGUGACUGUAUGGCGGUAUCUCGUAGAUGUUCUAGCGCCAUUCAUAGUUUAAAUCUAAACGACACAUUUCGAGCACUUUCAGUUGACUUUUCAAUUCGAAUGUAAAAUUCCAUAUUGUGUGAACAAUUACCGAAUCACGUUGAUUCUUUUCCUUAAUCAGUCUCAGUACUACGUUCCGAUGUGUUACUUGACUUGCUGUUUCGUCAGACGAUUCUCAGUGUUAGAUUAUUGCUGUGAUCCUACUGAAGAACCAAGAAUUCCUGCCGUUUGAGACGUCGGCAUAUGACAACUGAAUUAAAAGCUGACUAAAAGUAAAUUUGGUACACACGAGAAGACCCUUAAUUCAAUAAGUUCAAAAAAUCCAUUAAUGGUUACUUUACAGUACUUUUAUAAAAACUUCAAAGUUACAAUAAAUCUCGAACCCAUCAGCGUCCGCACAGUGGAAGCGGACACAGAGUCAACGUAUUUCUUCCAUUUUACCCACAUCUGCUGAAUGACCUUGACUGACUGUGUGCAACUUGUAUCUUUCCCUUGCCCAGGAUGUUCCACAUCGUGUAAAAGUUGGCGUAGUUUCUUCUGACCGCAUCUCGGAUCGAAAAAUCGGGGUUGGCUUUAUCGCUACUCACACUGGCAUAUUCGGCACUUUAGCCAGCUUGGAAUUUCCAGGUGUUUCUGAACAAUAUUUUUUCAUCUUUCGAGUUCUAUUUGACGUUAUUUCUGAACGCGAUCGACUACUUUGAUCAACAUUUUACCAGUUGUUCUCUAAACAAAUGUAGACAAACCACUGUAAUUGCUUUUCGAUUUCCAACACAACCCAAUUAACUCGUCUGGAAUUUGAUUCGGAAUUCAGUAUGAUUUCCAAAUGGAUUUAGAAUCAGACGAUUCGACUGUGUAUAGACGUGCAAGGGGCGUACCAAUUUGCUUUUACUCAGCCUGCAAGCUACAGUUUUGAUGAUUUGUUUUGGGUUUGUGUGAAAACACUAGAGCCUGUCAUGAACUAGUUCUCACAUCACUGCCAACGAAAAACAGAUCGAGAGGAAAACCAGAUGAAUGACAUUGCGAAAAUAUGUAAAUUUGUGAAAAAUAAAAUAAUAAUUAAAACGUAUUUUUGAAUGCGUCAAACCAUGAUUCACCGGACGACGUCUGCAGUAUGUAGUGAUACAGGGUGAACAUCGAUCGGUGACUGCUUAGUAUCGUGCACGUUGUUCUGCGUUACCUAACCAAAUUACCUGCUGGAACGUGUUUGCACAUGUAUCAGAGUAGGCAGAGCAUCAGCACGGACAAGAAAACGUUGUGGGUUCGAAUCUUCCCUCUGGUGAUUCUUUUUCGUAAAUUUUCAUAUUUUCGCUAUUUCAGUGAUGUGAUGAAAAGUAAAUUGAGUUUCGGUUAAAAAAUAGAAGUGAUUUUUACAAAGCUGGAAUGCCUAACAUACUAUUUAGCUAUCGUUCAAUAAGUUGGACUAUGAACUAAAAUGUAUGUAGUGUUAUUUAAACUAUUUACAGUUUCGUAGCCAAUAGUGAUUUGGCCUAACAUUUUUUUUAUUGCAGCUUGGACGAGUCGUCCCGUACUUCUGCGCAGCAAAAUUCCGAUUGCAUUCUAAAGACAUAGAUUUGGGCAAAAAAAUGAAAACUACUACGACUUUAGUUCAGAUUAAAUUAUCUAACAUUUAUAGCAGUGAUACACUGGUUUUCUAUUUGUGCAUUCGUUUGUUUCAUCCGCUUUGAAGUGAAAUUUUUGACCAACAUGUACGUGUAAAAAAAGGUGUGCUAUUUCCCUAUUGUGAUACAUUUGCUAAAUGAAAAUUAUAUAUGUAAUCAAGUUUCGUGAUGUUUGAUAACAAAACCUCUAGAGAAUAAUAGUAGUUCUGAACUAUGCCUAUCGGUCCAAACACGAAAUCUCAUAAUGUUUUCACUGAAAAUAUGGAAUAUUUAAAAAUAACUAAAAAAAAAUCAUGUCAUUCAAGUCUUUGAUGGCGUUUGAAUUUUUGUUGUAAAUCAAUAGAUUCCGUUCGUUGGUAAUAUAUUAUAACUGUACCUUUUUCUAAGCCUUCAGGAAUUCAACGCUGAUUACUUCAAUGCUUCUAAAUAUUUAUCAGCUGCAGGAACGCAACGUUCAAGAUUUGUGUAACACGAUAUGCCAGUUUUCAGAGUGGGUUUUCUGCUAAUACACCAGUUAACCUUAAAAGUUCCCCAUCCAAAUAGAAAACAGAUAUCGAUAGAACAAUGAUAACAACAAAACAAAUAAAAAGAAGAAUAUAACAAAGUAAUGUGUGCCAUUUUAUAUACUUUCAAAGUUAAAAUAACCAUUACCAUUCUACGAAAAAUAAUGCAACCGAAACGAAUCUAUACUGGGUAGACGAAAAAAAAACAACAGAAACUAUUUUAACAGCGAAUCCUUUCCAAUAAAGUAGUGGUUCAGAUGACUAACUCGUAUAUAAAUGUGAAGUUGAUUUGUCUAGAUUUCUUAUAAGUGGUAAACUCUCACAAAUAAUACAGGAACAUAGAUUUCGAAUGUCAAAAUAAUACUUGCUUAUUGGAAACAGACAAAACAAACAAAACUAUAACAGAUUCAAUAAAUUUGCAUUACCCAUAAAAGGUUUGGUUUCAUUGAGACUAAAUGAACGGCAAGAUUGCACCUGGACCUCCUGAAGUCGCGGCCACGUGCUAAUGCUUUCAGUUUACUGCUUGGUGAGUUGAUUUUAUGACAUAUUGAAUUCAGGAUUCAGCACCUUUUUUUCUUUAAACAAAAUACUACCUAUGUUACAUAUCAGUAAGUAAAGCUUUAAUUCAUUCUUGGGUAAUGCCGUAUGCUUUAUAAUGGUGAAAGAUAUAUCAAGAAGAUGUGCUAGAUUUACAACCCGGUAACUAACUGAUUUGGGUUACAUAUUUCUAUUCGUUUUGUAAAUAAUGUUCGUUUUUUUAGCUAGAAUAGUUAUUUAAGUGAAAAAUCAUUCCUUCCAAAGCGUUAGCGAGAUGUUCCAUAUCUUUUCAAUGAUUGACAAAUGCUAUCUUAAAGCGGACAACAAUGUAGUGAUGUAGCGUAAUGCUUUGUGUGAAAUACGAUCACGAUGACAAUGAAAAUGCAGUAAUUUUCUUGCAAAAGCUCAUAUUUUUACACAAAAUGUCAGACUGUGGGAAAGCUAUACAGAAAGUAGUUGAUUUCUAUAAUCUUUCAUAAAAAAAAACACAUAUUCAAUAUCCGGCAUGCCAUAAGUAUCUAAAUCUUUUCCUAACAAAGCUUGCCUGUAGAAUCCCAAACAGAAGACGUUACAUUUAAACUUUAAAAUAAAAUUAACUGCAAUCAAACUCGUUUAGUUAGAAACCAGAAAUGUAAAGUCUUCGCGUAAGUAAUGGAAUCGUUUCAAACAAAUCUUGUUAGAACUGUCUGGUUCAGAAACGUAUGUACUACCUUUAGUUUUUGUUGUGGGAGUCCAAUAGUCUAAUUUUACAAGUAUUGUUAGGAGAUUAGGUUUGAGUAGCAACCUUGGCAACGCAGUAUAAACAAAUUAUUCUUAAGGAAUUAUUUUUUAAAAAGCGUGUAAAUUUAUGUCUUCUGAGAGCAACACAUUCGAACGUCAAAAACGACAGCAUUAAAAAUACCAUAUUGUUAUGACCUAUCUUGAAUUCACUUAACGAAAUGCUUUGUGCUUGGAUUAGAUUGAAAUAUUUUGUAAUGACAGCUACCGUUUAGAAUGAUUCGGAAUAAUGAUAAUAGCGAUUGAAAAAAUUGAGCACUUUGUGAAAAGGAAUUUAAUUUAUUUCGUUUCAUCCUCCUUUUACCUCGAUUUUAAUUCAAAUUCAUUUGAAUUUGAAAUAAAAUUUUAGUUAUAUAAAAUAUGGAAAUUUUAUAUUUGAAAUUUCUAUAAUAUAUAGACUAGAGGAAACCCAUUUCUUUUUCAAAUUCCUAAGAACAAAACAACAACAACAACAACAACAACAACAGAAAAAGUACCAACCUUGGUUUGCAUUGUUCAUUUCUCCAAUUGGAGCGAAAAUUUAAUGCAGUUUAGUAAGAACUUAUAAUUUAGUUCGCCUUGGAGUCAACCCGCAUGUACAGCCUCCUGUCACGACGCCAUCUUGAUGAGAUCUAAAUCGGAACUUCAAAAUCAGCUGAUCACAACGUAAAUAUACAGUAAUGCAAUUGUUUUCUAUUUACCUUGUUUAUUGUACGCAAGUUAGAAUUUAAUUAAUUAAUUUAAUUUAUUUCGUUUCAUCCUCCUUUUACCUCGAUUUUAAUUCAAAUUCAUUUGAAUUUGAAAUAAAAUUUUAGUUAUAUAAAAUAUGGAAAUUUUAUAUUUGAAAUUUCUAUAAUAUAUAGACUAGAGGAAACCCAUUUCUUUUUCAAAUUCCUAAGAACAAAACAACAACAACAACAACAACAACAGAAAAAGUACCAACCUUGGUUUGCAUUGUUCAUUUCUCCAAUUGGAGCGAAAAUUUAAUGCAGUUUAGUAAGAACUUAUAAUUUAGUUCGCCUUGGAGUCAACCCGCAUGUACAGCCUCCUGUCACGACGCCAUCUUGAUGAGAUCUAAAUCGGAACUUCAAAAUCAGCUGAUCACAACGUAAAUAUACAGUAAUGCAAUUGUUUUCUAUUUACCUUGUUUAUUGUACGCGAAUUUUUGAGACAAUUCUCUCACAAUAACUUGUCGGUUUACCUAGAAUUCAACUGGUAGUGUUUUGGGACAUCAAGUUUAGGUAAUUUUCACAAUUUGAGAGUCGCGAUGAGUAUCAAAACAUCGCAGUAUUUGGGGCUCGAAACACGAGGGUCUCAACGUAAUCGGUGUACUUCCAAAUGGGUGAUGAUAACAUACCGGUUUCAGAUGGCUGUUAAGUACUAAUAAAGUUUUCGCUUGAAGACAAAUCUAACUCAGUUUACACCCUAAUUGCGGUCAUACCAUUUAUUUGAAGUUAGUUUCGAACUUAGCUUCAACGUCCUCGUACCACAAUUCGAGUCAGUUUCGAACCUAAUUCUUAUAUCGGAUUCGCUCACGCCCAAAAGUAAGUGCGAACCCAACACAGUUUCGUUAAAAUUGUUUAUUUAACGAAACUACCCUGGAUCAGUUUCUGGUGUUUCAAGCAAAGACCACAUAACAUUGCAUUUUAUCCAAACACGCAUGACCCUUAAACCACACGAAACGUCAAAAAGCGAGUACACACGCUUAAAAAUAGUUACUCAAAAAUGAGUAAGAUCUCACUCAUCUACAGAAAAAGUGGAACAACUCUAAUUUAGAGUAACUCCGAAGUUACUCAAAUUUGAGUUCUUCCACUGGAAACGAUAUUUGGGUAAAAUCUACUCAUUUACUGAGUAAUACUUUAUUCGUACAUGUACAAAAAUAGAGUAACUAUCACUCAAAUUUUGUGUGAAAUUUUAUUUCACAUAUACCAAAUUUGCAAAAAAAUUGCUCCUUUUCUAAGUGUAUUGUAUUAAAAUGUUAAAUAAUUGAACUCAAUACUAUAUCAAGUGGUGGUCGCUUGGAGUAGUGUGUUAUGCUCAGUCACCAAUCAUACACUUAUUCCUCAUAUUGAGCAUAUUCGUUUCCAUUCUAAAGCACAACACGAAGCUGAUCAUUCCGGUUUUUGCAGACACAACACCGUUUGUGUUGAUCGACUCACCCUCGAAAUACGCGUCUCACUAACAAAAAAUACAACCUGUUGCUACAAAUGGUUAUUACAACUUUUAGACUUAUCGCGAAUGCGAAUAGUAACUAUAAAAAGAUAUUUUGCGUUAAACUCAAAUUUAGAGUAGGAGUUACUCAAUAUCAUUGAUGAUAACUACUCAAUUUUUGACGUUUCCAUGUAUCAUUUGAAAAUGAGUAACUAGUACUCAAACUUUGAGUAACUUUUUCUAAGCGUGCAAGCUAAUUCCAUUUGAUCAAAGCAAACACAUCAUGUUAACAAGAUAUUCAGCUCUCACAUUUCCCGAACAAAUCAUUGGCAACAUAAUUUUUUGCUACCAUGGCGCCCUCAGGCGAGUCCGCAUCCAAUCUCGUACAUAGAAGAAGGGGAGCGAAAUGUCAAAGUCGUUCGCGCCAAAAUAGCAUCACUGCGUACCCAUACAAUUGACAUGAUAUGUUGAAUGUGAUGCCGUGCGAUGGCGUUGCUGAACUGAAAAUUGAUUUCGCUCCAAGCUGACAGGGUCUGAUUAAAGCAAACCUGUCAGAGCAUCAAUUCGUUUUGUCACGCUUCGUGAGAUGAUUACUGUUUGGUAUGUUCAUGUGAGAAUGAAUUAUUAGCAAUAAUUUUGCUUAUUAGUUUUUUGUACCGCAUGCUUACACAGUUUCAUUUUUGUGUUGUAUGACCAAUCAGAGAAGUACUACCCAAUUUAUAUGUAGCUUACACUUUGAAAACCAUCCUCUCCAGUAAGAAAUGUCAAUAAGCCCGUUAGACUUCAGCAGCACUGCUCGCUAUUAAUCCAAAUUUCAAUUAUAUUUAAUUGAAAUACGUGUUUUGUUUUCUUCAAAUCGAUGCACAGAAAUAUUUCCAAUCAGUAGGUGAAAUAAUAUUAGUGUUUAAAACUCAGGUCACAGACUAACAGACAGGACACUCAAAUUAGAUUCUUCAAUCAUUUUAACUGUCAUUUCGAAUAUUCCUUUAUUUGGGACAGUACUCACAUGUGUUAUGAUGGCGCCACGUUACCCUAUCAAAAACAUCAUGUCUGUCAUCUAGACUGUGUUUAUUUUUUUCAUUUACCAACAGAGUUGCCAUUUAUACAGAAUUACCUGUAAUGUAUUGAUAUGUAUUUGCAUUUGUAUGCGAAUUUCAUGCAGGAUACAGAUUUAAUACAUAUUGCCAAAACUAUAUACAAAAUUGUGCCUACCUCUCAUCCUUCAACGCAAUACAAAAUCGAACCCGUUUAGUGGCAAUAUUUACUUGCUUCUGAUCUGCCACCACUUAAUUUCGGGUGAAAAUUACCAACACAAUAAAAAAUAGUCUAGAUGAACAAUGUUGAGAAAAAUAAAUGGUUACCUUCCAACAUCGCUAAAAAGUUUAAUAUAUUAUUAACGUAAUAUAAUAAUUUACUGUGACGAUUCAUUUCCAAAUAUUAUGAUGAAAUCAGGCAUCCCUGCAAGCAGCUGAUCGGUGUUGACAAACGAGGGGGAACCAACUAGUAAAUUAACUUUUACAUAACACAAGGGGUGUACCGAUAGUAAAUAGUUCGCGCAGUAUAAUAUAGGUGGAACUAGUGCAUCACGAAAAAUUAUUUUUUAUAAGAAUUUACUCAUACUGUCAUGUCUGUUAGUCUGUGCUCAGGUGUUAGUGUUCAAAAACUAACCACAUUUAGAAAACACAGAUGUGUUGCACAUCAGAAGUUCUAUGUAACUUGGCUUUGCAUUGUCCGUUCCUUACGUGAGUAAUUUAAUGACAUUUAUAGCGUCACAGUAAAUCAGACUCUUACAAACUAGCGGUAGAGUUAGAAUUCACAACUCCGUCCGUUUGGGAGACAACGUGGGCGAUCACACUUUUGCUUCUGAACACUUUCAUACCGUCAGCUUGGAGCGAAAUCAAUGUUCAGUUCAGUAACGCCAUCGCACGGCAUCACAUUGAAUACACGAAUUUGAAACUUCUCUCACCUGCUUGUAUGUACGUCUUGAUCGUAAAAAAUAGUAUGUUGUCCACGAUUUGUUUGUGAAAUGCGAGAGCUAGAUAUCUUGAUAAUAUAAUGUCUUUGGUACUGGGUAAAUUACCGUGCUGCCUGCAAGAAUUUUGUUAUUGUUGCCAACCUUUUUUUAUUCUCAUUCGAAUGAUACGUCGUCACUCUAUUUACAUAUACUCUGAAUUAGCUUACACUAGUAGAACCAACAAGGUGCGAAAAACGUGACAGUUCUAUUGAUAAUAUGAUAUCUUUGAUUGAAAUCAGUUUAGAACUUAGGUUAAACGCCACUGAACUGAAAAUUGGACCAGUUUCGAUUCUGAUUCGUAUACCGCGGGUUCGCUUACAUCAUUGCUUUCUAGUACAAACCCAAUUCAACCCGGCAGGAAUGACAGUAGCAAUAGGAUUAAACUAUAAUUGGACAUAACCAAAUUUAGUUAAUUUUGUUCUAAUGAAUUUCUCGUCAAUAGUUUGGGAUUCUUAGAAGUAAUUCGAACACAAUCCAAUUGUUUGCUUGGCCAAGAAAGACUUAAUGUAAGUGAUUGAAGUAUGUUUCGCAAAAUGUAUUUUGAUUUCGCAUGAACGAUUGAGGUGAAUCAAUUUUAAGUCAAUAAUAAUUUGCUUUUUUUCGCAAUGUUUAGAUUUAUUUUAUUCUUUCAAUCUUUUAUUCUACCAUGCACGAUCCCUUUUUGUUAGAGAUUGCAAUGAUUAAUACUUGAAGGACAAUAAUUAGUGCAAAACUUUACUGUAUUCUGCUGUUUUUAUAGCGAUAUUCAUGUAUUCGAAGCUCAAUAAUCAUUUGUUUGCUUGUUGAUCUCGUUUAGUUUUAUGUUAUUUUAUCUAUCUUGGCAAUUUAGUAGAAGAUAUUUUAUUGUUUAAAAUAUUCAAAACUUUGUGUUUGUUACAAUAAUAAUGUAACGGAACAGAAUUUCUACACUUUUAUGCAAUAGACACAAUUAAUCUGCAAAAUAUGCACCACCGUACAUACUCAUAGCCAUACGUUAUGAACCCAUAUGUCUAUAUGUACUAGGUUUCAGUACUAGAAUCAUUCCAUUGCAUUUGAACUUUUAUAGCUGCUUUUAACUAGAUUGCUUCCCUCUCUGUCAGAUCGCAAAUGAAAUAAUUUUAGUAAAUAAUAGUUUUUAUACAUCAUGCAUUUCGCUCCUAAAUGUGAUACCAAAAAAUCAGUACAUAGUGCAGCAUACCAUAUAACACCUGUCACUUAGAAUAUAUACAUUUGCAAUAAAUAAGAGCUUGUUAAAAUUCGAAAAAACAUCAGUAAAGUAUAUUUUAGAUAUCGUGAGUAGCUGGUUUGCCUUGUUUAUUAUUACACGUUUUACUGUAAACACUAAAAGCAACUGUUUGCCAUUGAUUAAAAUAAGUAAUCUUAAGUGUUGUUGUCAUUGUACAUACAAUCCUUCACGUUUUUGUUCAGUAGAAUUCAAUUCCAUAUAAGCGAACAAAACAGAGCUAACCAUAAGUUUAACAAACCGAAAAAAGACAACUUAAACGAAAUAGAGAACAGAGGAUUGUAACAUAAGUGGAUAAUGAACGCAAUGAUACAUUUUAGACACGAAUAAUAAUGUUUACCAAUAGACACGAAAAUAAGAACAAGAUCCACAUAACAAGCGAAAACAAAUGGAAAUAGAAGUAACGACUAUUUUGGGUGUGCCUUUUUAUACAUUGUACAAUUUUGAAUGUGGCCACAUAACUGUAUUGCAUUGAUUAUAACUCACAAUAACAUCGGAACUUUGUACUAUUUCCUACUCUACAGUAUAUAAACACUUUCUUUCAUUUGAUUAUAAUUUGCCUAACCAAUGUAAUGAAGCUGCUAUUUCUCCUAAUCUAUUUGUAUACAUCAACGCACUAACGCGUCAUCACCUUGCAUAUGUGUUUGGCAGUCCUCUUCAGUAGAUGGGGGUUGUGAUGCGUAAACAAGCAAGUAAACAAUGUUCAAUUAUGUUCCACACUCAUGCAUGGUGGUAUCUCACGUUGUAUCUGCAGAUCAUUAUGAAAUAUAACGAACCCAAUAAAACCAAACAAUAACAAAGAGUAAUCUAGUGGAAAAAAAAGUAAUUUUAUAUUUUAACAGUAUCAAGUAUGAUUAUACAAAUAAAUGAUUAUUGUAAUAAAACAA